AUGCGGUCGUGGGCCUCCGACAGCCCGGCGGUGCUCCCUCCCCUGGUCCUGGACGUGUCCCAGCCCGAGCCCUGGCCCCUGCCCGAGGACCUUCCCCCCCUGGAGGCGGUGCUGUGCGUCAAUAUGACGCACAUCACCGCCUGGGAGGCCACGCUGGGUCUGCUGAUCGGCUCGGGGCGUAACCUGUCGCCGCGGGGCCUGCUGAUGAUCUACGGCCCCUUCCGCGUGGGCGGCAGGCUGGAGCCCGCCUCCAACGCGGCCUUCGACGCCUACCUGCGCGGCACCGACCCCGCGUGGGGUUACCGCGACGUGGAGGAGGUCGAGGCGCGGGCCGAAGAGCAGGGUCUGGGCCUGCUGGCGCGGCUGGAGAUGCCCGCCAACAACUACAUGCUUGUGUUCCAGAAGCGUGCCUGA